GAUGGGCAGGAUUUGGAGGUGGGUCUCAAGCUCUGAGGGAGGAACUAGCACACUCCCUGGGAGCAGCUUGGAGAUCUCACUGGUCCCAGAGCUGCUAUCCUUCCAAGAUGUGGGUCCAUGCUCUGUCCUUCAGCUUUUUCACCACUUUCACAGUUUGGGCAGGGCACCCAUCCUCACCACCUGUGGUGGACACUGUGCAUGGCAAAGUCCUGGGGAAGUAUGUCAGCCUGGAAGGAUUUGCACAGCCUGUGGCGGUCUUCCUGGGAGUCCCUUUCGCCAAACCCCCUCUGGGAUUGCUGAGGUUUUCUCCUCCACAGCCUGCAGAGCCAUGGAGCUUUGUGAAGAACACCACCUCUUACCCUCCCAUGUGUUCCCAAGAUGCAGUAGCGGGCCAGGUGCUCUCACAGCUGUUUACCAACAGAAAGGAGGACAUUCCUCUCAAGUUUUCUGAAGACUGUCUGUACCUAAAUGUUUACACUCCUGCUGACUUGACAAAGAAAAGUAGCCUGCCAGUCAUGGUCUGGAUCCAUGGAGGUGGUCUUGUGGUGGGCGGAGCAUCAACCUACGAUGGAGUGCCUCUCUCAGUCCAUGAAAAUGUAGUGGUGGUGACUAUUCAGUACCGGCUGGGAAUCUGGGGGUUCUUUAGCACAGGGGAUGAAUACGGCCGAGGGAACUGGGGUCACUUGGACCAGGUGGCAGCACUGCGCUGGGUGCAGGACAACAUCGCCAACUUUGGAGGGAACCCAGGCUCUGUGACCAUCUUUGGAGAAUCAGCAGGUGGUGAAAGUGUCUCUGUUCUUGUGCUAUCUCCCAUGGCCAAAAACCUCUUCCACAGGGCCAUUUCUGAGAGUGGUGUGGCCCUCACUGCUGCUCUGUUCAAGAAGGACAUCAAGCCUUUGGCUGAGAAAAUUGCUGUUACUGCUGGGUGCAAAACCAUCACAUCAGCUAUCAUGGUCCAUUGCCUGCGGCAGAAGACAGAAGAUGAGCUCUUGGAGACAACUCUGAAAAUGAAUUUUUUUAGUGUGGAUCUUUUUGGAGACCCCAGAGAGAGCCAUUCUUUCUUGCCCACUGUAAUUGAUGGAGUAGUGCUGACAAAGACGCCUAAAGAAAUGCUGGAGGACAAGAAUUUUCACACUGUCCCCUACAUCGUGGGAAUCAACAAACAAGAGUUUGGCUGGAUCAUUCCAAUGAUGAUGGGCUAUCCGAUCUCUGAAGGCAAGAUGGACCAGCAGACAGCUGCAUCACUCUUGUGGAAGUCCUACCCCAUUCUUAACAUCCCUGAGGAGCUGAUUCCAGUGGUCAUCGAGAAGUAUUUAGGAGGGACACACGAUCUUUUAAAAAAGAAAGACCUAUUCCUGGACCUGAUUGCAGAUGUGGUGUUUGGUGUUCCCUCUGUGACUGUGGCUCGUAGCCACAGAGAUGCCGGAGCUCCCACCUACAUGUAUGAGUUUCAGUAUCGUCCAAGCUUCUCAUCAGCCAUGAAACCCAAGACGGUGAUAGGAGACCACGGGGAUGAGAUCUUCUCGGUAUUUGGUGCUCCAUUUUUAAAAGAUGGUGCCUCAGAAGAGGAGAUCAACCUUAGCAAGAUGAUGAUGAAAUUCUGGGCCAACUUUGCUCGCAAUGGGAACCCCAAUGGGGAGGGUUUGCCCCAUUGGCCAGAGUAUGACCAGAAGGAAGGAUACCUGCAGAUUGGCACCAACACCCAAGCAGCCCAGAGGCUGAAAGAAAAGGAAAUGGUUUUCUGGACUGAGCUCUGGGCCAAGGAAGCAGUGGUGAAGCCACCCCAGAGAGAACAUAUUGAGCUCUGAACAGUAGGCCCAGCCAGCCUUUGGGACAGCUAAGAGCAGUGUAUUCUACAGAAGGUGUUGGUAGGCCAUUGCGGCAAAACUUGUGGAGGUGGGAGUAUUGUGCGAAGGGGGUGUGUGAAGUCUAGGGAGAGGGAAUGUUUUACUUGUGGCAGCAAUAAAUUUAACUACUGAGACUAAA